UAUAAUUGUCUUAACAGCCGCUCUCCGCGUCUCCCCGCGGCACUGAAAUGCUUUUGACUAAAAUGGUGAAACUAGUGGGAUGUUCUGGGGCUGCGUUAAUUCAAGGAAGACUCCACUAUGUUCAAGUGUUCUUUUUUUUUUCAAAACUGGAUUUCUAUUCACAUUGUGAAGCUCAACUAGGACGGACCCAGUUCGUCAAGCUGCCGGUGUGACCCACGUCAUGUGACAGAUAGCGUAAGGCCGCGGGCAAAACACUGGACAAUAAUUGGACACAGGCCAGUAGUGUGGAGCCAGAUGUUGACUAGAGAUGACUUUCAGCGGCCCCAGACGUUCAUUAAUCUUCACUUUCAGCCAGAGCGAGUCACGUGACCACGACACCUCACCCGCACUGAAUACGUUCUACGUCUCACUCUGUGUGCCAAGUUUAAACCAUUGUUCUAGAACUAGGAAUAACGUCAGCUUCUGAUAUCAUGGGAUUGAAAGGAUAUAGUAAAAGUUCAAACGUGAUCAAAGCUAGUCAGCGUGAUCAAAGCUAGUCAGCGUGAUACAAAGCUAGUCAGCGUGAUCAAAGCUAGUCAGCGUGAUCAAAGCAUUACGCUGUAUUUAAAAACAAAGUCUAAACAGGAUCGCAAGACUUCCGGUUGGAAUGAUUAGUUCAACUGUGUUUCCAUUGACCAGAUCCCAUUCAAUGAUGGUUACAAUAAAGCUAUAGCAUUGACUUGUGACCACCCAAAGGUUGUGAGCUACAGAGAUGAGCGAUCCGACAACGGCGCCCCUCAUAGGGAUCAUUCUCGAGAACCGCACGAUGAAUCUCACCAGUGGUGCAGUUGAUGAAGAGCUCAAAGGUGAUGACAGCACGCUAGAAGCCUACACGGUGGUGCUGUCUGUGGCCGCACAUGCGCUGUCCAUGCUGUUUGGCGGCGGCAGCAGCCUGGCCGUCAUCGCCGCCAUCACCACACGCCGCAACAUCAACAAAUACAGCUACACGCUGGUUCUGGCCCUCUUCCUGUCCUGCUGCAGCCUCAACUUUAUCUGGAGCCCCAUGGAGGUGGUGGACCUCAUCAUGUACCACCGCCUGCACAGCCACCCUUACCACGGCUUUCUGGUCACCAAGUCGUCCAUCUACAUUUUCCUCAUCCUCACCCUCAGUCUCGUCGUCGUGCUGCUCUCCGUCGAAGGCGUCAUCCGUCUGGUCAACAAAUAUGGCCGCGUCCUGCGCAAGCUGUGGCCCUUGCUGACGUGCCUCAUAGCGUUGUUCUGUGCCGUGUUUCUGACUACGGGGUUUAUCUCUGUCUGCGCGCAGUUCAGAGGAGGAUCCGAAUCUCUGUACAUCCUCCACGAGUCCAAUAUUCGCUCUACCUUCUUGGCGCUAAUUUCCUUCGCAUUCAUCGUCGUUAUAGUGACCGUGUGUCUUUUAGGAUUGUUCCUGGUCAGAGAGACUAUCUACUGGGAGGACGGGCGGCCACAUUUCCGGAGAAAGAAUCUUAAGCUGACCAUUCCAGAGUUUCUCAUCAGCCAGUCCAACGCCUGCGCUGACAACGACGGGGGGUUCGAACCCAGCCACAGUGGCACCCCGUCGCCGUCGACACCCAAGUUGUUGACGGUCAGUGAGCCGGACACGACGUCCAUCAAAGGGGAAGACGCCAACACCAUCUCAGAGCUGCACAGUCCGGUGGCUAAGCCCAUGGGGAAUAGGCUGGGCAUCAAUAUGGCGCAGGUUCUAGGACGCAGGCGUCACACCAUUUGUCAGAUCAAUGACUCCACCAGCGCAGCGUCCACCCCCGCGGACCCAAUCUCGAGAGCCAAGCAGUACAACUACGUCCGAAAGUUCUCGGUGGACAUUUCCGCCCUCCAGGCCCAGCUCCAGAACCCAAAGAUAUUUCAAGAAGCUCCAUUCCAGUCCGACAUUGACCUGACCAAGAAGCCUCCAGCGGACUCUGCAAAGACAGCAAUCCCAAAACCCUUGUUCCCGUUGAAACCGCUCUCACUCAAGCAGGAGGAAGAGAAGGAAGACACGCCGGUCAACACAGACAAUAACAAAAAGAAAGAAGCGGGCAGUGCGCCCGUCCCGCCACCCCCGGUCAUUAUGGUGUCGAACGACGAGGCCCAGCCCAACCACGACUUAGAUGUUCCUAAUGCCACACAGAACUGUCAGGAAUCAUUCCAUAAAGAAACUAAUAUACAUGUGGUUUCAAAUACUGUCCCGCAGAAACCAACCAGCCUGGCGUUCAAGGACGAAUCCUCCAGCAACGAUGAACCCAUGCCGACACUGGAGAGCGCACAGAGCGACCCGAGCGAGGCCGAGUCAGAGAACCAGAAGCUGGCCCGACUUAGCCUACUCAUGUGCUUGGCUUUCCUGCUCAACAUGCUGCCAGUGUUCGUUACCUUGACGCUGCAGCUCUCACUCAGCCCUCACGCCUUCCUCAACAUCCUGCCGUGCACUAUGGCCAUUUCCAGCAUCCAGACCAUCGUGUACCCUCACCUGGUUGCCUGCAGCGACGACGUGGUGCACAGGGCAGUGCAAAAGCUGAAGACGAGGGCCAAGCAGCUCUGCUCGUGCAGGGCUUACAGCGAGGGAUCUCAAAGCCACGCAGAGGACAGCUCGAGCACCAGCCAACUUUGAAGAGUAACCACUGCCCAGAGACUCUUGCAUUCAGUCUUGAAUUAAAUCAAAGCCGCACACUACCAGGGUUUGAACAGCGCCCUCUAUCUGGCAGUGUCAUGAAAAUCUGUCACGACCAUUGUGACAACACACCUCAGCUCCAGUAUUCGCGUUCAUGGACUUUAUAUUCUGCUGACCAAUCUGACCUUACAUCCCUGGUGGUCUUACAAUCAUGUGUGCGGAGUGCGACAUUGUCUACAUGGUUGAAGCUCCAGUUGUUGUCACUACGUAUGUGUAUAUCAGGGGUUCUCAACCUGUGGGUCGAUUGACGAUUUGCCAGGGGUCGCCUAAGAUCAUCGAAAAAAUGGAUUGUUAUUGUCUAUUCUUCUAUUGCUGCAUGUGUGUGUGUGGAAGGGGGGUCACAACAGAGUGGGGGGGGUUGUAAAAAGGGGUCGCCGAGCAUAAAAGGUUGAGAACCGCUGGUGUAGAUUCUCCAUCCUACAACGUAGAAACAUGUCUGGUCAUUCUUUCCCCCCCCCCAUGUAUGUUUUAUCAUCAAAAGUAUUUUAUUUGCAUUUCCCUAGUAGACACGUGACCUAAGAUGGAGUCUCAGUGUGAUUUUAUAAAACUACAGGCACUAUCGGUGAUUAGUCGAUCCACUAGUAGAGCCACAACGCCAAUGUAGAGACAGUGAGGCAGUGACUCUGCGCCGUAGAGUGUUACUGUGCCGCCCACAAAACUAACAAUCAAUGUGAGAUUUAUUUAUAUGAAAUAAAAUAAAAACAAUGAAGAAAUA